CGCUGUCAGGGCCCGCCCCCCACCGCCGCCGUGACGGGAGGGCGGCUUCCGGGCGCCGAGUUGGAAAACGGUCGGAAGUGGAGGUGGUGGCGGUCCGCUGAGGCCGUCAUGACGCAGUCGGUGGUGGUCCAGGUGGGCCAGUGCGGGAACCAGGUGGGCUGCCGCUUCUGGGACCUGGCGUUGCGGGAGCACGCGGCCGUCAACAAGAAAGGAAUUUAUGAUGAAGCACUGAGCAGUUUCUUUAGGAAUGUAGAUACGAGAAGUGCUGGUAAUGGUCCUGAUAUUUACAAAGGAAAGAUUUGUUCUUUAAAAGCACGAGCGCUGCUGAUUGACAUGGAGGAGGGUGUGGUGAAUGAAAUUCUGCAGGGACCGUUGAGAGAUGUUUUUGAUAGUAAGCAGCUUAUCACAGAUGUUUCUGGUUCAGGAAACAACUGGGCUGUAGGUUACAAGGUGUAUGGCUGCCAGUACCAGGAGAGCAUAGUGGAAAAGCUGAGGAAAACUGCAGAACACUGUGACUGUCUGCAGUGUUUUUUUGUAAUUCAUUCUAUGGGAGGUGGGACAGGAUCUGGUCUUGGAACUUUUGUACUGAAUUUGCUUGAGGAUGAAUUCCCAGAAGUGUAUAGAUUUGUUACUUCAGUUUAUCCCUCCGGUGAAGAUGAUGUUAUUACUUCUCCAUAUAACAGUGUUCUGGCUAUGAAGGAGCUUAAUGAACAUGCAGACUGUGUGCUACCAAUAGAGAAUGAAUCUCUGUUUGAUAUAGUUACUAAAAUUCAUCAGAUGGUCAGUUCUGGGAAGGUGGGGUCAACUGUGAAGCCAAACAGCUUGGUAACAUCAAGUGCAGGCACUACAAAAACUGUGCAGGAGAAGCCAUUUGAUGCAAUGAACAACAUUGUAGCCAACUUGCUGCUGAACCUGACAAGCUCUGCUAGGUUCGAAGGUUCCCUUAACAUGGAUCUUAAUGAAAUCAGUAUGAAUUUGGUUCCAUUUCCUCGGCUUCAUUACUUGGUUUCAAGUUUGACUCCUCUGUAUACACUGGCUGAUGUUAAUAUACCCUCUAGAAGGUUGGAUCAAAUGUUUUCAGAUGCUUUUAGUAGAGAUCAUCAAUUAAUUCAAGCAGAUCCAAAGCAUAGCCUCUACCUUGCUUGUGCACUUCUUGUUCGAGGGAAUGUGCAGAUCUCAGACCUUCGCAGAAACAUUGAAAGGUUGAAGCCUUCUCUGCACUUUGUAUCGUGGAAUCAGGAGGGCUGGAAAACUGGUUUGUGUUCUGUACCUCCUGUGGGCCAUACCCAUUCCCUUCUAGCUUUAGCAAACAACACCUGUGUGAAACCAACUUUUAUGGAACUCAAAGACAGAUUCAUGAAGCUCUACAAGAAAAAGGCUCAUCUUCACCAUUAUCUGCAAGUAGACGGGAUGGAGCAAGGCUGUUUUUCUGAAGCCAUAUCAUCCUUGUCUGACCUAAUAGAAGAGUAUAACGAACUGGAUGCCACAAAAGGUGGGUUUAGAACAGCCCCAUCAAGACUGAAGAUAGCUGUGUAAAGAAGAACUUUGAUUUAAAAAAAAUAAAAUCCCCAAGCAUCCAACCACUUCAGUUAACCCAAAUGAAUUGCAGAGCGCCUACCUAUUGUCAUUCUAAAGCGAGGCUGGGGUAACUGCUUCCUCAGCUCUCUGAAGUGUCACAUAAAGUGACAGGCCCAGCCUGUAGGAAAGGUUUGAAGGCACUUAAUUAUGGCAAAUAUCAGGAAAGUUCUUCCAAACUGUAGAGUAAAUCGACAUGCCAUGUGCUGCAAAGAGAAGAAAGAGAAGUACUAGCAGCCAAAAGGUAAUGCUUUUUCCAGACUUUGAGCUUACAGUGAACUGAAAGCAAGCCUUGGUUCGAAGAAAGAUCGCUAUUGCUAGCUUUUUUCUUUAGCUGUUUUUAAAAAGCAACGAAGAGAAGGAAAACUGCAUACUCUUCCAAGAUGAAAGCAAUCCUCUAAUGGAACUUGUUUCUGAAAAUUUGCAGACAAGCAGUCAUUUUGGAAUGCUCUAAGCUAUGUUCAUAAUUUAAAAUUUUUUCACUUCAUUGUUGUACCUAGCUGUAUUAGAGUAUUCUGAGCUGAUAGUAAAGUGGAUGGUUUCAGGGGGGAUUUACCAAAAUGCAUUUUCUUUGACAUUUUAUAUUUGGAGCAUUAAUUAACAUGUGAUUUUAAUGAUUCAUGUUCAUAAAUGGUGAAUUGCACUUGAUAAUGAGAUGAUAUAGCAUACCUCUGAGUGAAAAACACACAGUAAAGACUGUUAGGUAAACAAAGUUUAUAUGUUUAAAGAAUGCAAGUAAAAUAGAUGUUUUAAUAUUUAUAAUUACCAAGGUCGGUAGAUUUCUAUAUUACAUUAUAUUAAGAACUUUUGCAGAAUGUACAGCUAUUUCCUGUUUACUUUCCAACCUUGACUUCUUCAGAACGCAAGGACUGGUGAACUGUUACAAAUCAGAGUGGGCCAAUGCAAUGAUCUAAACCUUGAAAUCCUUUUAGCAGAGUUUGAAUGGGUGUAUAAGUAGGCACAAUUUUCAGUGUAUGAGUCCAGAAAUCAUCAAUAAAACCUUGUAAUAACA